UGUUCACUAUUUUAUUUAAGGACACAUUUGCAGUAAGAAACAUAUGUUUAAUGUACCCUAAGAUUUUUUUUUUAAAUAAAGCCAAUAAUGGCAUUUAUUGUGUUCCCCUUUAUCUAUAAAAAAGUAUCGAAAUACAUUUUGGUACCGGUACCGAUACCAAAAUAUUGGUAUCUCAACAAAACUGCACUGCAUAAUGUUGUUUACUUAGCGAUGUUGAUACACAGUGUUAAUAAUCAUUCUAAAAAGAUGAAGUAUGCUGCAAAUGUAUUUUCUCUUCUAAAAUAAGUGCACACAAAUAUAAUUUUAGACAUACACCUGCUGCUUUUGCUCUGCUUGUUUAUGUGUUUGUAACCAGGCGCCCCUCUCCUUCUUCUCCUCCUUCUCCUCCUCUUCUCCAUCCCUCAGGUUUUGUUCUGCUUUGGGUUGACUGGUCAUAAUGCUGAUGCAGCUCUGUAGUAUUAAGAACUUGUACCAGAAUCGCCUUUUAGGCUUGGCGGCCAUGGCAUCCCCGACCCGCAGCAACCAGAGCCGCCAGCGCUGUAAGGAUCGUCAUAGCUAUGGCCCAGAUUCUUUUGCUGUCAGCGGUCUGAACCAGGAAGCGUUCAUGUUGGGGUUGUCACGGUCCACCAGUGACACUGAUCUAGUGUCCCCAGACACUCGCUCCACCCUGACUGUCAGCUCUUCUCACUACACUAUAGGCCAAUCCGAAGACCUUGUGAUCACAUGGGACAUCAAGGAGGAAGUCGAUGCUGGGGACUGGAUUGGAAUGUAUCUUGUCGAUGAGACGUUGUCUGAGAACUUUUUGGAUUAUAAAAACCGAGGCAUCAACGGCUCUCACAAGGGACAAAUCGUCUGGAAAAUUGAUUGCAGCUCCCACCUCAGCGACUCUGAGACUUUGGUCUGCUUCAAGUAUUACCACGGCGUGACCGGAGCACUCAGAGCAACCACGGCCAGUUUAACCAUCAAAAAGGGAGCUGUGCCUGUGUUAAAGCCAGUGGUUAGUCCUGAGGUCAACCAAGGGCUUGGCAACAGGAGACUCAUUAACUUUUCCCUGUCAGAGCUCCAAGCAGUUGGUUUGAAGAAGGGGAUGUUCUUUAAUCCAGACCCGUACCUCAAGCUUUCCAUCCAGCCUGGAAAGCAUAGCAUCUUCCCAUUGUUGCCACACCAUGGUCAGGAGAAGCGCUCUGGCGUCGUCUGCAACACAGUCAACCCAAAAUGGAACUCAGAGAGAUUUAACUUCUUGUCGCUGCCCACUGAUGUGCUUGAGAUUGAGGUGAAAGACAAGUUUGCCAAGAGUCGGCCCAUCAUCAAACGUUUCCUGGGAAAAUUGUCUGUUCCUGUCCAGAGGCUGCUGGAGAAACAUGCCCUCGGGGACCGGAUAAUAAGUUACUCGCUGGGUCGCAGGCUUCCAACAGAUCAUGUGUGUGGUCACUUACAAUUCUGCUUUGAGCUCACCUCCUCAAUGCACCCAGAUGACGAAGAAGUCUCACUCGUCAUAGAAUCAGCUUGCUCCGAAAGAGGAAUCAACGCAGAUUGCAACAAUGCCGGAAAUGCGCCUGAAGAUGACACUUUAAGUGUCGGACAUGAUAUGCCUGACCUCCCUUUUGAUGCCCCUCCUGACCCUGAGACCCCGAUGCUGCCAGCCUCCCAAGCUGAGGAAGCCCAACACACUGUGACGGUAGAGCUUGAGGCAGCGCCAGACGUGGAACAAGACGCUGUGGACGAGGAGAGCACAGAGAGAGAGGAGGAGUCUCAGGUACAGAGCGAGGACUUGCAAGAAGAGAACACCAUAAUGGAGGUACAAGAGGGAGAAUCAGAGGAUGUCCACAGAGAAGGAAAUAGUCCACAAGCUGAGGAAGAUGACAAGAAGGUCCAAGCAGAGGUUCCAACUAACAAUAUUUUAGCAGUAACUACAGAGGACGACGACACAUCCCAGGAGGUAACAGCGGUAAGAACGGAAGUAUCGCCAAGAACAAGAGAGGGCGGUGAAAGUAGCAACAGCCCUUGUUCCUGCGUCUUUUCAAACUGCAACUCCCAUGGCGUCCCGCGCCGCAAAACCCGCCCUUGCUCCUUGCCGGUGUCCGAGCUGGAAAAUGUGAUCGCCUCGGCGUGCGGCGAGCCGGAAACCCCGCGAUCACACUACAUCCGCAUUCACCACCUCCUCCACAGUCUGCCCUCCGCACAACAUCGAGCGCCCAGCCAGGAGGAGGAGGAGGCGGAAGAAGGGGACAACACAAGCUCGACUCUGGACAACACCUCCAUGUCACCGACACUCAAAAGCUGCAAAAACAGAAAAGAGGAAGGCCAGGAAGAGGAUGAGAUCACCCAGUCUCCCGUUCAGGUCCCGGAGUGUCCUGGUCCAUGCUGCUGUCGUUCUCUCCCACGCAGCCUCUCCAUUGAACGUCUCUCUGAACUAAACCAGCUCCUGGAAGGUGAUGGAGGAGGUGGAUUACAUUCAGCAGUAAGAAGGAUCUCUCUUUCAUACCUGGAAAGCGAGGAAGGGGAUUCCAGUAACGGAGUAGUAAAAAUAAACCGACGGAGCAGCCAUCCGGCACGCGGUGAAAACGAGUGCGAGUUCUGUGACGCGUCCUGCUACAGCACCUCCUGCUACAGCACGUCCUGUUACAGCACAUCCUGUUACAGCAAUUCGGGCUACGAGGGUCGCGGACGCCUCUGCAGCCACACCCGCCUCUCCUCUGUGGACAGCAACCGGCUUUCCGGAAGCACUGUGUUUUCCUCACAGGACGAGGAGGAAGACGAAAGCACCUUUGACUCAGGACCGGAUGCAAACCCCUGUCCCGAGGGUCACCAAGUGGGAGGAGAAAGGAGUGAAGGUUGUCAAGAGGACAGGAGAGAGGAGAAUGGAGAAUCUGCUGGGGCCGAAUCGCAGGACGCUACCAGUACAGGCUCAGGCUUCUCACCUCCCGUUGGCCUUCCUCCAGUACUUCUUCCCAGCCUUGACUUAAACCAUUUUCCUGCUGCCACUGACCAAGCCUUACCUCCAAACUGGGAAGCUCGUAUAGACAGCCACGGCAGAGUGUUCUAUGUCGACCAUGUCAACCGCACCACGACCUGGCAGAGACCGAGUCAUGGUGGCAAGUGUAACCAUGGAAUCCCCCGAUCAGGAUCCAGCCAACAAAUGGAGCAACUCAAUCGGAGGUACCAGAGCAUCCAGAGGACCAUGGCCACAGAAGAGGAGGGUGGCAGUCCGUUAGAGCGAGCUCCCAGUUUUGAGACUGACUCGGAUUCCCCUCCAACAGCUACAGGCCCAGCAUCACCUGUCAGUCACCAGAAGAUCAGCCAGCUUCUCCAAUCUCCUGCUGUCAAGUUUAUUACACAUCCAGAAUUCUUCACUAUGUUGCACAGUAACUAUUCAGCCUACCGGAUGUUCACCAGCAGCACCUGUGUGAAACACAUGAUUCUCAAGGUGCGCCGGGACGCUAAGAAUUUUGAGCGCUACCAACAUAACCGGGACCUUGUGGUCUUCCUCAACAAGUUUGCAGACACGCAACUGGAGUUGCCCCGAGGCUGGGAGAUCAAGACUGACCCGCAGGGCAAGUCUUUCUUCGUGGACCACAACAGUCGAGCCACAACCUUCAUCGACCCUCGAAUCCCUCUUCAAAAUGGCAGACUACCUGGCCACCUCGCCCACAGACAACACCUGCAGAGACUACGCAGCUACAGUGCUGGGGAGGCCUCAGAUGUUUCUCGGAGUCGUGGAGCAUCUUUGAUGGGCAGACCUGCAAACAGUCUUGUCGCUGCCAUACGAAGCCAGCAUCAUGCUGACCCACAACAAUCCACUACUGCAUCAUACAACGACAAGAUUGUGGCGUUUCUCCGGCAACCAAACAUAUUUGACAUGUUACAAGAGCGGCAACCCAACUUGAACAGAAACCAUGCGCUAAGGGAGAAGAUCCACUAUAUCCGGUCUGAAGGUACCCAGGGCGUUGAGAAGCUGUCGUGUGACGCAGACCUAGUCAUCCUGUUGAGUUUAUUUGAAGAGGAAAUCAUGUCGUAUAUUCCACCUCACCCCAUCCACGCUGGCUUUAGUUUCUCCCCACGCUGUUCCCCCGCCAACUCGCCACAGAACUCUCCUGGUUUGCAAAGAGCCAGGGCGCCGGCACCUUAUCGCAGAGACUUUGAGGCCAAACUCAGAAACUUCUACAGAAAACUGGAAGCAAAGGGCUAUGGCCAAGGACCAGGCAAGAUUAAGCUGUUGAUAAGGCGAGAACACCUGCUGGAAGGCACCUUCAAUCAAGUGAUGGCAUAUUCUCGUAAAGAGUUACAAAGGAACAAGCUUUAUGUCACUUUCUUGGGGGAGGAAGGGCUAGAUUACAGUGGACCGUCCAGAGAGUUUUUCUUCCUUUUGUCUCAGGAAUUGUUUAAUCCAUACUAUGGACUAUUUGAGUACUCCGCAAAUGAUACCUACACUGUUCAAAUCAGCCCCAUGUCUGCAUUUGUGGAGAACCAUCUGGAAUGGUUCCGUUUCAGUGGGCGCAUCCUGGGCCUGGCUCUGAUUCAUCAAUACCUCCUGGACGCUUUCUUCACCAGACCUUUCUACAAGGCCCUACUCAGGCUGCCAACAGACCUUUCUGAUCUGGAGUAUCUGGAUGAGGAGUUCCAUCAAUCUUUGCAGUGGAUGAAAGACAACGACAUCACAGACAUCCUGGACCUCACAUUCACUGUCAAUGAGGAGGUCUUUGGCCAGGUGACAGAACGGGAAUUGAAGUCCGGAGGCUCAAAUCUUCAAGUGACUGAGAAGAACAAAAAGGAUUACAUUGAACGAAUGACCAAGUGGAGGGUGGAGAGAGGAGUGGUUCAACAGACAGAAGCCUUAGUCCGAGGAUUCUAUGAAGUGGUAGACUCCAGGUUGGUGUCGGUGUUUGAUGCCCGAGAGCUGGAGUUGGUCAUUGCUGGCACCGUGGAGAUUGACCUCAGUGACUGGAGGAGUAACACUGAGUACAGGGGAGGUUACCAUGACGGCCACAUUGUGAUGCGAUGGUUCUGGGCUGCUGUGGAGCGUUUCAACAAUGAGCAGCGGCUCCGCCUCUUGCAGUUUGUAACCGGGACGUCCAGCGUGCCGUACGAAGGCUUCGCGGCCCUGCGUGGCUCCAACGGCCUGCGGCGCUUCUGUAUUGAGAAGUGGGGCAAAGUUACGUCUCUUCCCAGGGCUCAUACCUGUUUUAACCGUCUCGACCUGCCUCCGUAUCCAUCGUACACCAUGUUGUAUGAGAAACUGCUGACUGCUGUGGAGGAAACCAGCACAUUCGGUCUGGAGUGAGACAGCAAUUGGAGCGACGGCAACAAACGUCCUACUGGAACACGUGCUGGGCUGUGAGAAACAGACACUCGCAAGACGAACACAGCCUGGAUUUUCUCAUCGCGGAGACUCGCUGAACAAAGACGACCUCCAGUAUGUAAAAGAGUGUUUGUAAGUCUCGAGGGUUUGGGACCGGAAGCAGCACAUUUACAUUAUUACAAGUGGUAUCAAUCAUGAAAACAUGCACCAGAUAUAUAUUUAUGAAUUAUAGGUCACUAACAGAUGGUUUUCAUUCUCAGGUAGUUUGUUGAAUUUGAAAUUGCUCGAGAAAUACACUCACAAACCGUAUGUUAUGUGCAUGAACAUACAGAAACAUACUAAAAUACUAUAAAAUACUAAAUAAUACACAAAUAUGACGAGUAGGAUGCCAAAGAACCAAUCGGAUCGAAACUGCUAUUUAAUCUGGAUCGACUUUGUUGCGUUUCUCUGGAAGCCAGGACUUCACCGAUGUUGGAAAUGACUAUUUUGCAAGUUACAAUCAAACCCGGACUUUAGUAAAUAUAGUAAAUUAAUAGUACAUUUUAUCAUAUGUCUGGUCUUCUGGAUCGACUAAAAUAACAAAAUAUUUUAAAAAUGAAGAAUUAAGCCAUUUUCUCAUUAUGCAACAUCAGCAAGUUUACUUUAAAAAAAAAAUAAUAAUAAUAAUAAUAAUAAUCAUAAAACACAAACUCAACCUGAACCCAAAAUACAAAAAAACCUAACCACAACUUUCAUAAGAAAUAAUGCAAAUAGAAGUACCAAUCACGACAAAAGCUUUUAUAUUUGAUAUAUUAUUCAUAAUGUUUCAAACUAUUAUUCACACUUUUGAAUUUGCAUUAAUCAUAAGUCCCGCUUGCAUAAUUUUAAUUUAACUUUAAAAAAAGAUCCCAAUAUUUAAACACAAAUGCAAUUUUAUUGUCACAAUGUCAUACAGGAAGAUGUUUUUAAGUGUUUUACUUGAAUGCCAGUCAUUUAUUUAUUAUUUAUAAAAAAAAGUCCCAUCAGAAUUUAUUUUGAAGCAAAAUGAGAGCAAAGUGAGAACACCAGUCGGGGAGUGUAAGUUAAGGCAAGAGGUCUAUAAAGCAUGUGCACUCAAAAUAAAUAGUGAGUAAUCUGCGAUCAUUUUCUGUGAUUAAUCACAUGACUUAAUGCAUUAUAUUUGACAGCACUAAUUAUUAAAUGACCUGAGAAGAAUUUACUAGUUCCACUGAAUCCGUACUUGACUCAAAUCUUUUGGCUGUGCUUUAGUUCUCAUUUUUGCAGUCAAAAUGUUUUAUCGCAGCACUACUGAGGUCUUCUUGGACCUAAUAUUCAUGUAGAAUAUAUAAACCACAUUCUUUCAAAGCUUUCCUGAAGUGCAUUUUAAAAUAUUCUUUCAGAAGGUAUUGCUGCUGAGAUCUUAGGGGUACAUUUUAAUUUUACACAAACUCAUGCGACCAUAAGGACAAAAAAGGAUAAUACAUUUAAAGGGUAUAUAAUAGUUUUUUUGCUCAAAUCCCACAUCAACUUGAGUUUAAAUCAGUGGUCCUCAAACUCAGAAAGACUUGGCUCUCCAAGUACCACCAAAAGCCCAACAUUAAAAUACAGUAGCGUAGUAGGCCUAAGUAGUCAUUAAAAACAAAGGCAGAGGUUUUAUUUAACAAGUAUAUUUAAUAUUUUUGGCCACAGUGUUCCAGUUCGAACAGUAACACUGUUUGAAUCUUGGAAAAUAAAACACUGUACAUUAAUCAAGUAAUUCUGCGGCGUAUCACAGUUUGAGAAUCACUUGUCUAAAUUAAUUUGUAUUGCUUCCACACUUUAAAUCAGGGGUGUAAAACUAGCUCAGGGGCCGCAUGGAGGAAAAUCUAUUCCCACGUAGGCCGGCCGGGUAAAAUCAUGGCAUGAUAACUUCAAAAUAAAGACAACUUUAGAAUGUUUUCUUUGUUUUACUUUUGGCCAGAAAUAGUACAAGCACUUUCUGAAAAAUGCACAUAUCACAAAUAAUCCUAUUGGCAAAACUCUUCAAGUUUGUAGAAAAUUCUGAGGGAAAAAUUGGUGCAUUUUCAAAAACACAACAAAGGACACAAUGAACUUAGACUUUGUCCGUGUUUCUAGAAAGCCAUGAUUAAACUUUAGGUCACAGCCCAUCUGGGAUUGAAUAAAAUACGAAAUAGAUAAAUAAUAAAAACUCUUCUGUUUUUUGUUUGGAAUGGAAAAAUUAUUUAUCAUAAAAAUCAAAUUUCCCCGUUAUUUGGUUUGAUUAAAAAAAAAAGAGUAAAAUACAUUAUUCAUUAUCGCAAUUUGUUAAUGUGUGUGAAAAUCCAAAACAGGAAAUAAAACAGCAAAACUACCGUAUUUUGCGGAGUAUAAGUCGCACCGGAGUAUAAGUCGCACCUGUCGAAAAUGCAUAAUAAAAAAGGAAAAAUACAUAUAUAAGUCGCACUGGAACCCGGCCUAACUAUGAAAAAAACUGCGACUUAUAGUCUGAAAAAUACGGUAUAUACUUUUCCGUAUCCUCGUGUGUGAGUGACUUGGAACAACAGCUACAGAAGAAGAGCGACUUUUGCCUGCUCGAUAGCGAACCAAUAAAAUGUCAGUUUUCAUGUCUCUGGACAUUAAAAAAAUAGAAAGGGAACUUUUGACUGCGACAAAAGUGCUUUGACGACAUUGACUCUGUUCUUUGUCUUCUUUUUUUGUUGUUGCGGGUCACUCACAGAAGAGGAUCCUGAAAAGAGACACUACGCAUGUGCAAUUCAGAGGAACAGAGAAAAAAAAUUGUCCACUCUUUAAACACAUUAAUACAUUUGGAUAAUGAAUAACGAUCCAUUUUUGUUUUUUUUAUCAGACCAAAAAACAGAAAGUAGAUUUGUAUGUUAAAAUAUUGUUCUAUUUUAAACGAAAAACAAAUGAUCGCGGCGUACACGGACCCUAUCGAAGAGGUUUGAGUUUCACUUUGCACCCACAUUUCUCUUUUUUUGACAGACAUUUUGGGGCUAUGACGGUGCCAAAGGCCGAUGUGUUCGAAGCAGAGGACGUAGCACAGCAGGUUUUGCAUUUCAUUUAUGUCGAGGCGGAGGAGCCGCAGCCACUGUGUAUCUCUUGCUUGGCAUACUCGCUAUAAACGGUUUGCUUGCCUAACACAAUUGCUAUUGCGACAUCCAGUGGAUUUAUUUAGAACAGCAGUUUCUUUCAUGACAAAUUGCAGCCCAUUUUUAAAGUUAAAGUUAAAGUACCACUGAUAGUCACACACACACUAGGUGUGGUGAAAUUACCCUCUGCAUUUGACCCAUCCCAUUGUUCCACCCCAUGGGAGGUGAGGGGAGCUGUGAGCAGCAGCGGUGGCAGCGCUCGGGAAUCAUUUUGAUGAUUUAACCCCCAAUUCCAACCCUUGAUGCUGAGUGCCAAGCGGGGAGGUAAUGGGUCCGACCAUUGUUGGUCUUUGGUAUGACUCGGCCGGGGUUUGAACUCACAACCUCAGGGCGGAGACUCUAACCACAUCGAGGGUUUAAUACCGGCCCACAGGCUAUACGUUUAAAGGGGAACAUUAUCACAAUUUCAGAAGGGUUAAAACCAUUAAAAAUCAGUUCCCAGUGGCUUAUUUUAUUUUUCGAAGUUUUUUUCAAAAUUUUACCCAUCACGCAAUAUCCCUAAAAAAAGCUUCAAAGUGCCUGAUUUUAACCAUCGUUAUAAACACCCGUCCAUUUUCCUGUGACGUCACAUAGUGAAGCCAACACAAACAAACAUGGCGGAAAGAACAGCAAGCUAUAGCGACAUUAGCUCGGAUUCAGACUCGGAUUUCAGCGGCUUAAGUGAU